CUUUUUUUUGAGUAAGAUGAAAAUUAAAGGUUUCAGGAUUAUGCUUUGUUUUCAUUUACAUCAGUAAAAGUGCUUAAUAUCUCAGGUAUUUUUUGGAGAACAGAGUGAAGGCAUUUAUCCAAAUUAACCAAUGAUUAGAACUCUAUUUGUGCACUACCAUAUUAUUUUCCUUACUGCAGACCUUCUUUGAAAACAUUUUACAUUUACUUUAAACAGUGAUCAGAGGUUGUCUGUUAACGGAGCUACUUUCAUUUCUUGUGUAGAAAUCUUCUUGUGUUUUGAAAUAGGUUAUCUGUAAACUUUCAAAAAGUGCAUUCUUCUUAUUGUCAAUCGACAUGAGUGGGACGUUUAUUUGUAAAUGAGUUAAUUGUGUAUUUGAAACAUAGAUGCUUCAAAUGUGUGGAGCAUUAUUUUUUUUACAAAUUAUUGAAAAUAAUACUGGUUACUUGCUUUAAAAAAAUUACAUCCUUCUACAGAAAACAAGUAGGCCCUUUGCUGCUAAACCUGUAAUCGCUUGUGCACAGAUUAACGCAGUUUUAUCGAACAGCAAAACUGAGCCUUGCUUCCCCCCGCCCCCAUCAGAGAUUCUCUCAUAUAAACCCUCGCAGGAGAGAUACCAAACGCCUUAUUAGGAAGUCAAAAAUGUGCUUUAAAAAUCCUUAUCUUUGAAUGCUGAGAACAGUAAGAGGCCGAGAUAAACACAGCAGGAUUAAAGGAGUCCUUUUGGAUCAACGUUUGAAUGUUUGGAGUACUCUAAUAGAAAUACACACAACACGCUUCCAUAAUGAACUUCCUCAAAAAAAGUAUUUAUUAUAAACAAAGUUACCUCGAUCAAUUCAGGUAUACGUGCAUCAAUCCCUGUUUGGUCGUGCAUUGACCUUCACUGUGAAAUCAGUUCGUUUUAUUUCUCAAAAUUUACGCUGCUUUUAUGUUGCUUAUAAAAACAAUGCUUCUUGAGCAUGCACAUUUUAAGCUAUUCUACACAUUUUGAAGAAAGUUUCGUGUAGCCUUUUUUAAUCUUGGAAGAGUAAAUAAAGCACACCUACUUUUGAGAUUGAACCAGCUAAUAAUCUUUUUUUCUGGAUUAAAACUGCACGUCAGAGGAGCAGGCCAUUGCUGGUAGCAAGUAAUUCGUUGGCUGCUGUGGAGAUCUGUUUUACGCGAACUGGAUAGUUGAAAGGUCAUUCUAUGGAGUUAGUUUAGCAAAAAUGUAAGUGUCUGUGAGAAUAAAUUCUGUUAUCCCUCCAAGUAGAAAUUCAAGGGGAAGCAACAAUAAAAUGGUGGAGUAUAUAUAUGAACUCAUUAAAAUGCAUGACCAAUAUUGACUCGGGUUAAACCUUCACACCGGAGUGGAAACUUUAAGUUAGAAUUGCACAGGGAGAUCUCGAAAGGCAGGAUAAAUUUGCGACCAGCCGUUCUUCCUAGCUCGUUCCUUGUAUCGUAACAAUUACUGUUGUCCUGAGAGGCAGCGUCUCAUCAAAGGGACGCCCAUGGUGUUGCCAUUUGCGCGCACAAGUCAACCGGAAAUUUGUGGAGAAUAGGCAAAGUACGGAGCAAAACAAAGUGUGCAACCUUUGAACGGCCAAACGUCAACUCAAGCGUGCUCCUGAAGCAGAGCACAAGACGCGGAAUUUAGUUUCCGCAGUCGUGUGUGUGACCCGGGCAGGCAAUUUACAUAACACCUUUGGCCGCAGAAAUCGAAAAAGGAUGCUUACAACUGCUGAUGCCAAGUUCUCAGAUUGUUCCAAAUACGUCUGUAAGCCGUUGUCUUGUAUCUGCAAAAUUCUUACUUGAAGAGUGAAAUCAUCAUGGCUUUGGCUGGAUGUCCAGAUUCCUUUCUACACCAUCCUUAUUAUCAGGAUGAUGUAGAUCGGACGUCACGCAGAACGAGAGAGGGCAUUGGAGCAAGUUUUCAAGCUUCAUGCAGUCAUCAUUCAACUAAUAAUCAAGAUGAUGAUGUAGACUUGGAGGCUUUGGUGAAUGAUAUGAACUCUUCAUUUGACAGUCUGUAUUCAGUAUGUUGCAAUCAGUCAGAAACUACUCCACUUAUUCAGAAUGGUCAGUCUGCUUGUAAUCAACUGAUGAGUUCAGGAGCAAAUUCACCACAGGCAACAUCACCAAGGCAGAAGCUGCAACGUUCUCAGCCAAUGCACAUUCUGGCAGUUAGAAGACUACAGGAAGAAGAUCAGUUCCGUACAUCAUCAUUGCCUGCUAUCCCAAAUCCAUUUCCAGAACUGUGCAGCCCUGCUAGCUCUCCAGUGUUGACACCUAGUUCCAUGCCUCAGAGUCCACCUACUCAUAAUCAUGUUAUUAAAGUUUUCAGUGAAGAUGGAACAAGCAAAGCAAUUGAACUUCCAUAUGACAUGACUGCCAGAGAUGUCUGCCAGCUGCUGAUAUAUAGAUGCCAUUGUGUUGAUGACAGUAGCUGGACUUUAAUUGAAUAUCACCCACAUCAAAAUCUAGAAAGAUGUUUGGAGGAUCAUGAACUUGUAUUGCACGUACAAUCCACAUGGACAAUGGGAAAUGAAAGCAAAUUUUUAUUCAGAAAAAACUAUGCCAAAUAUGAAUUUUUUAAGCAUCCAGUGAGCUUCUUUCCAGAGCAGAUGGUGUCUGGUUGUCAGGAAGUAAAUGGAAGUAAUCCACAUUCACAGCUCAUCCAGAAUUUCUUGAACUCCAGCAGUUGCCCAGAAAUUCAAGGAUACUUACAUGUGAAGGAAUUGGGGAAAAAGUCUUGGAAGAAACUGUGUGUGUUUUUACGAAGAUCAGGGCUUUAUUUCUCCUCAAAAGGAGCUUCAAAGGAACCAAGACAUCUGCAGCUGUUGGCUGACAUUGAAGAUAAUAAUGUAUUUUCAUUAAUAGCUGGAAAGAAAACAUGCAGUGCACCAACUGACUAUGGUUUCUGUAUAAAGCCCAUAAAAAUGAGAAAUGAAACAAAAGACCUUCGGAUGUUUUGUGCAGAAGAUGAACAGACUAGGACAUAUUGGAUGACAGCCUUUCGGCUCUUCAAGUAUGGUAUUCUUUUAUACCAGAACUUCCGUAUACCUCAACAGAGGAAAGCAUUGCUAUCUCACUUCUCCACACCAACGAGAAGUGUAUCAGAAAAUUCCUUGGUAGCUAUGGACUUCUCUGGUCAGACGGGUCGAAUUAUUGAAGAUCCUGCAGAGGCUCAAAGUGCAGCUAUGGAAGAAGGUCAAACAUGGAGGAAACGUAGUCAACGCAUGAACACAUUGGGUAGUUCAAGUCCUUUACAUCCUCCCAUGCUCAGUCACACUAUUCACAGAACACAACCAUGGUUUCAUGGACGCAUCACUCGUAAAGAAGCUCAUAGUAUUAUCGAAAAGCAUGGCCCUGUGGAUGGGUUGUUUCUUUUGCGGGAUAGUCAGAGUAACCCAAAGACAUUUGUGCUAUCAUUGUACUGUCAGCUGAAGAUCAGACAUUUCCAAAUAUUACCAAGUGAAGAAAAUGGACAGCUUGUUUUCAGUCUUGAUGAUGGAAAUACCAGAUUUACUGAUCUUAUACAACUUGUUGAAUUUUAUCAACUGAAUCGAGGAAUUCUUCCUUGUAAGCUAAAGCAUUACUGUGCCCAGAUUUCUUUAUGAUAAUGAUUUGAAUUAACUAUGACAGGAAAUGCUACCUUAUUCUCUGUAACAAGUUUGAGAUCUUUCGGAGAAAAAAAAAACUGCAUUCUCCAACAAGACUGUGAAAUCAAGUAAAAUCAUGAAUUGAAGACUAACUUGAGGCUGUGCCUGUUCACAAAGUCAUGGUAAUAAUGCAGAAGAUGGUGUGAGUGACUGGGUGUUUUCAAGUUUUAUUAGUCACUUUAUACAUUCUGAUAAUUAUAUUCAAGAUGAACUACUUAAACUGUUUAUUACAGCAAAAAACUUGACUAUAGCACCUGCUUUGGGAUAAUCUUGAUACUGUAUUUGAAUUAAAGAAAAAUGAAUUUAUAUUCUAAAAUGGGCAGAUAAUUUGUCUAUUCAAUUUUUUUAAGUAGUAUUGCUGAAGAGACAUAUGACAUCCUACAGCACUUUUUUUUUUGCUUCCUGAAUGCAAGCUGUUGUGAAUAUUGUCCAGGUGUAGACAUCUUGAAAGAAUAGAGAAUCAUGUAUGUACCUGCUGCUUUUGGAAGAUAACAUAGAGUCAUUUACAAUGUACAUUAUGGGAUAUUCAUUGUCCAAUGACAAGUAAAGAAGGGUCAAAAAGAACUCGGAUUCAGCACAUUUAAUUGCUGAGAGCUAAAUUCUUUAAAUCGGGUUAUGAAGCGAUGGUAGAUAAUGAGUAUAAAAUAAAUGCAGGCAUUACAGAGAUAACAUUGGAUUCAGGAGGAAAACUAGCAGUUGCUAGUGCUAGUAUUUUGAUUUCAAUGUCAAAGGAAAAUGGUUGGUGUAUGAGGGCUGUUCAAUUGCCAAAUGCCAGUUUACUGCUCCAAGGCCCAUACUUCUUAACUAGACAUCGAGAUAAAUGUCAAAUAAUGUAGCAUUACUAUUUGGAUUUUAUCAUAUUCUUUUGAGAAUUUGCAGCACUGCACCAAAUAGCAUUUCUUUUCUGCAAAGGUUUAACAGAUGGUUAAACCAUUAAUGGUAUUGGUUUCAUCGUGGUGUGGUAUUAGGUUGUCCAGCCUUGGUAAUAAAGAUCAUUUGUGAGGUGCAGGUUAGAACUUUUUAGUUAUCAGAUCACCAAUGUAAGCCUUUAUUAUUGCAAUUACAUAAAAGCACUGUAAAUGUUUUCAAGUGUACUGAAUUCAUUUCUAAAUUAGGGACGUUAUAAGAUUAGUAAGUUCAUUUCAGAUGGCAUAGCAUGUAAAGCUACCAAAUUAUUUUACAAAUGCAGUUCUAAUUAAUUAAACAGCUUUUAGGACAGCCCUAUGUUGAAAGAAUGUCGUAGAAGUAGAAUGCUGCAACUUAUGUAUUACAUUUUGGCUCAUAAUUAAUUUUCUUACAACAUCUGUCAAAUUGCAAAGCGAUUUUGUCAUGAGUUUCAGGAUGUUGUGUAUUUUUCCUUUACUAUUUAAGUAAAUAGUGUUCAUUUCUUGUCAUUUUUUUGUCAAAAGUGCCCCUUCAAAUGGUUGCCUAAUGUACUCCAUAGUGUAUGUAUAUACAUGUAUGCUUUUGUAAUCAUUUGCAUAAAUUGCUCUACACAGUCAAUACUGGGGUGAAGGCAGUUCAAUGGAUCCAUAAAAUAUAUUCAAAUAGUUUUGAUAACAGGAUCCUGACAUGUUAUUUGUAAACACCAAGCCAGAAUUUUAAAAUCAGUAUUGCAUCAUUUUUGCAUAUUUAUGAAUGAAAAUUAUAUAUAAAUUUAGAAAGGCAAAAGAUUGUAGGAGCUCUUAUGAUAAUGUGAUGGUUAAUGUUUUGAGCAUUCAAUAGCUAAUCAUUUAGUUUUGUCCAUUAUUUCAGCAGGUAAUAUGCAUAUACUACUAAUUAUUAUAUUAUAUUAAUUAUAAUAUAAUAUAAUCUUAUAUUCUUAUUAUCAGCUUGACUGAGCUCUUCUACUGAAAUUCUGACAGGGUUUCAAUCUGACUGACCCAACAAUCUGGCUGGCUAUCAGUAAAAAACCAGUGACUGAUAUUUUAUUUUUGUAUUUGUGACAUGAAUGUACAGUAAAUGGAGACUCUCAGGGUUGAUGAAGCCUGUUGUUUUUUUUUCUUUGUCUGGGAAGAAAAAAAAUUACAAGAUAACAUAUUGUGUUUGGCUUGAGAAGAAUAUACCAAAUAUGUUUGGUUAUUAACCUACACAUUGAUAUAUUUGUCUACAAUUAACAGCAAACUAAUUUACCCAUCAAAAUGUAAGUAGCUUAUGUGCUUCAAUUUGUAUGGGUCUGUUCCUUAAUAUGUUUCUGCAUGAAGAUAUAAUCAAUCAUUUGACCAAUCAACACUCCUUUCAACUGAUAGAACUUGCUAAUCAUGAAUUAUGUUUCACUUACUACAGAACUGAUGAUUCUGAAAAAGAAUGUGGCAAUCCUUUUUUUUUCAGGGAAUGCUUGAACGUUUUAACUUUUUAAAUGGAAAUCUGCAUUCAUAAUAUGCUUGAUGUAAAUAGCUGAAAGGCUUGUGAACUUAACUGUAACUGUCCAGGUAUUUUUGUAUAAAUAAAGGACUGAUAUAUUCUGUUUAUUGUAAUUAGAAAUAAACAUUAAUGCAAACUUAUUAUUUUGAAA